AUGGACCGUUUUAACUUCAUCGAUAAAGGGAUUCUUGAGAUUUACAAGAGUGAAAUAGAUGAAUUAGUGAGGAAAGAAUAUGGGAAUAUAAAAAAAGAGCCUAUGCAUCCCGAAGUACAAGGUAUAAUUACGAAGAAAAAUGGGCCCGAUAAGAGUGUUACUGCGCUUUCAAAAGGAUUGUACACUGAAUACUUAGAACAAUGCAAUAACAAAAAAAAGCGAGCAUCGGAUUUUGAUGAUGACGUUGAUACUUUGUUUUUGCAAGAGUACAGAAGGAAAUACCCCAGGAUUGAUACUUCCAGGUACGUACCGAACGAGUCUUCCGAAAUUAACUUAUUGGGGAUGGUAGACUCCUAUUUAAAACAUCAGGAAAUUGUUUUGGAUACACUUCUACCGCGAACGAUAUCGAACCAAUGGAUGAUUAAUAAUGACCAUAUUCAGCAGACGUCGACGAUAGUGGAAGAAAUGAGCGACCAGCAGCAGAAACACAUUAAUGAUUUGGAAAUAUACAGAGAGGGACUACAACGUCGGUAUGAACCUUUAUUUUUACAAAUGAGGCGGCAAAUCGAGGAAAGAUAA